AUGCAAAAAACUUUGAGCAUCAAAAACUUUACUAAUAUUGCUUCAAAAAUGCUAAAAAAAAAUAAAUUUAAAAACAAUUUUGCUUAUCAAAGUACAAUAAACAAAUAUAUUAGCAAAAAAUAUAGCAACUUUAGCAAUAAUACUACUCUUAUAAUUAAUAACAUUCUUUUCUUUACUUCUAGCAAUUUUAAUAUUCUACUCAGACAAGCAACCCCUCCUCCUUUUUCUCAAAAAUCCACAUAUAUAAAUAUUAAUAUUACACCUAAACAUGUUAAACAACUUAAAGAAAUUAUUUCUCAAUUACCAAUUGCAAAAACAACUACUAUUCCUCCAUUACCAUUCCCUUUAAACUAUUCUAAAACUCAACAAGAAACUUCAUCUAGUUCAAAACAAACUCCUUAA